AUGGCCUGGCCUGGCCUGGCCUGGCAGCAGCAGGCAAUGACAAUGCCAACGGAGGACCUGGAUUCAUACGAGCACCCGCCUCCCCUCACCCACUCGCCGCGCGAAUCCACCGCAGCGAGCACUCCCAUCACCACGCCUGUUGACCACCCCUCGUCGCCGCACUUUGGUCGUGUCAACAAGAACUCCCCCGCCACCCUCGUCAACCUCUGGCACCGCAAGCCCCACGAGCUUGCCGCUAGCCGCCAACCAGACGAGGACGUCUUGUUCGAGGACGCGGGCGACUGCAGUUUCUCGCUCUUCCCGCAAGAGCCUCAAGUUCACGCCGGCUUCGCAGACAUGGCCACUGCCUCGCCCAUUGACAUCCAGACGCCCCCGCGCUAUGGCUCAAACUCUCCCCCAAACCAGACCUCCAACCUCACCUCUGCCCUCAAGCAGGCAGAGGCCCAGCCAGACCUCGCCACCACUCCAGGUUUGCUGAAUCCUAACCACUUCGACUUCAACCACAAUGCCCGUCCCAGCAUCAGCGAGCGCCACCCCUCCAUCAGCAUGCUUGGCUCUUCCUUUUACGGAAACAGCGGCGCCAGGCCCAUCACCAUGAAGGAUCGCGGGCGUCGCGAGAGCACAAACAUGGGCAGCUUCGCCGGCGGCAUGAGCUGGGGCGGCCACUCGGUCGGCUCGUGGAUUCGCGAUGACAUCAUGAUGGGCACUUCACCCGCACCUUUUGCCAACAACUCGCCUUCGUUCCACUCGUCGUCAUAUCUGCCCAAGAUGGAAGCCGCCUUUAUGAAGGAUUUCACUUGCUGUGGCCUCACCCUGGCCUCGCUGCACGAUCUGCUGCAGCACUUUGAGGAGACUCACGCAAACGCGCCUGCCGCCCGCCCCCAACAGCCCCCCACAAAUGGCUUCACCUCUGCAUCGGGUGCACCAACAAACUCGAUCGCGCCCAGCCAGACUCAGGGCGAUGCACCCUUCAACACCCAAAAUGGCUUCCAACAAAGAUCGGGCUCAGUUGGCGCCCACCGCCCACGGAUAGGCUCCGUCAGCCGCUCCAACCUGUCCACUGUACAGGAUAUGGAUUCGCUAGACGACAUGGAUAUGGACGACAUCAAUUUUGACACACUGGGCUCCAUUGACGAGCAGCAGCAGCAACAACAGCAGCAGCAGCAGCAGCCGAUGCAACAAUUCCCAGUCCAAAAUCAGUUCAACCAGAACCAAAACCAACCGUCAAAUCUCAACGUCAACGUCAACAUGGCCAACAACAUGCAAAACCACCAAGGCAUGCGAACAUCAUCACCAAACACGCCCUCGGCCUCGCAGCAAUUUAACCUCCAGAAUAACCCCACCGUGUCUUCGGUCAACACGCCAACAAUGGGUACUAUGCCCAUGGCAAACCACAACUUGACCUCGCCAGAAUCCUCACACCCCGGCACUCCAGCCGAGCUUGACAUGGAUUUUGGCGGCUUCAACCCAAUGAUGGGAAUGGACAUGGGAAUGCCCAUGGGCAUGAACUUUAACGGAAAUGGCAAUGGUAACUUUGGCAUGGCCGCUUUUGACAACAACGGCACAAUCGACCAGCCAGGCAAGCGUCUGUUCAGCAAGCAGGGCGGUGGUCUCAACCAAGCACAGCUGCAAGCAGCCCUCAAGAACUACCAGCUCAGCGGAAAUGACCAGAGCGAAAUGGCCAGGCGGCUACGGGAACAGCAGCUUCUCAACGGUGCCAGCAUCCCCCAAUUCCCAUUCCCCGAAGAGGUCAAGCCAUUCCGAUGCCCAGUCAUUGGAUGCGAAAAGGCGUACAAGAAUCAAAACGGUCUCAAGUACCACAAGCAGCACGGCCACCAGAACCAGCAGCUCAAGGAGAACGACGACGGCACAUUUUCCAUUGUCGAUCCCCUUACCUCGAUCCCCUACCCCGGCACAGUGGGCAUGGAGAAGGAAAAGCCAUAUCGCUGUGAAGUCUGUGGCAAGCGGUACAAGAACCUCAACGGUCUCAAAUACCACCGCUCCCACGCACCCCACUGCAACCCCGAGCUGGCCAUGCAGAAGCUUGGCCUUACUGGAAACCUUCAGAAUCUGCAGAAUGCCAACGUUGCGGGUGUUGGAAUGGGUGGCAUAGACCCUUCCAUGUUCUAA